CCUCGCUGUUGAACUGAUUGAAAAGAGCGGAGUUCGUGGCAGAAGUCAAACUGGUCUGGGACGCUGAGGAAAGCCACAGGACCACAUUCCCAUUGAACUGGAGCAGACAGUAGUCGUGAACGACGGAGCCUGGACCGCGUGGUGAAGAGAUCUUGAAAGCCAGAGUUACGGGGUUAACAUACCAGUGGAAAUCCAUCCUCACCAGUGUUCUAGAACCAUGAGCAGUAACUACAGUGUGUCCCUGCUUGGCCCGGCCCCAUGGGGCUUUAGACUGCAGGGUGGAAAAGACUUCAACAUGCCACUCACCAUCUCCAGGCUCACGGACCUGGGAAAGGCAGCCAAGGCACGUAUCGCAGUGGGCGAUGUGGUCCUGUCUAUUGAUGGCAUCAGCACUGAUGGAAUGAACCACCUGGAAGCUCAGAACAAGAUCAAGGCCUGCGCUGGCAACCUCAACCUCACCCUGCAAAGAGCCUCCACCGUCCCAAAACCUCCCGUGGCCCCGAAGGUCGAGCCAUCAGAGAUCAUUAAGCCUGUGGCUAUUAUCAGCCACCACCAUCCCCCCUCCCACCACCAUCCCACUGAGCCCACCAGUCUUAUCCCCAGCGCCCCACACAACAAAACUGCCCGGCCCUUUGGGGGCUGCGGGAGAGAGGACAGGGACUACCCCAUCGCACGCUCCCCCCAUUCCGCCUUCAUUCCCUCUGCAUCCUCUGCCUUCACCCCCGCCACCCUAGCCCGCACUCCUCCUCCACCCCAGCCCCUCUUCCCUUUCUCCUCCUGCUCCUCACCCCCCUCCCUCCCUGCCGCACCCCAGCCCUCUGUCUAUAACACGCCCUUCAACCUCUACUCCAACGAGAACGCCUGCGAGGUGGCCAUGGGCCAGAGGCGGGGCCUAACGGAGAGCCAGGGCGGAGCUGCGCAGUUGAACGGGGUUCCUAGGAAGCCCAUUCUGGAGACAGACAUUGAGUUCUACCACGUGCCUUCUCAUGGAGACGCCAGCAAGAAGCGCCUGAUGGAAGACACAGAGGACUGGCGUCCCCGCAGUGGCACCACCCAGUCCCGCUCCUUCCGAAUCCUGGCCCAGAUUACUGGCACUGAACACCAGCAAGCACAGGAGAACGAUGUGGAGAACAAGGCAAACAGUUCCAUUUUGACACCACUAGAGGGCGAUGGUGACCAAGGAGAGAUUCAAGCCAUUGGGUCGGAUUGGGAAGCUAGUGAUGUCCAUCACAAUGACGACUCCUCUGCUACAGACCAAAUACAUACGGCUCCUCUCUCACCUAUGCACAGCUCCUCUCCAGUACAGUCACUGACACAUCUUUCUCCUGUGUCUGCAGUACAGCCACUACUCUCCCCAAAGCCAGUGAGGUACGGGAAUCAUACCAAUCUACUCUAUCCCAAUGUCCUUAUCAGUGUAAAGUCUGCUGCCCCCUUUCCUCUGUUCUAUGGGUGCAGGCGAGAGCUCCUGUUGAACCCACUGGAGUUCCUCCCUCGAGGUGGUCCCUGCCCACCGGCCCUCACCCCUAGUGCACCGACUCUGGCUAUACGGUCCCAUUCUACUGUUAUUGGUUUACAGGCCAGAACCCCGCACAGGUCACCUGAGGGGACGGUCUCUCAGUCCCUAUUGGAUGCCUUGCUCAUUACGCCUAUCACCACCCUCCCGCCCCUCCGCUUGAGGAAGAAGAAGCGUCGGAGCGUUAGUGCCUUACACCUGCCCAACAACAAGAGAGUCUCCUGGCACCAAUCAGUCACUGAUCUGGGUGACCCCAACCUCUCCUCUCCUGUCAAUGCUGUCUAUAUCUUUAGUGAGGAGGUGGAGGAGCCAGACACCAGUUCUCACAUGUUGUCUGCAGUCAAGACCAUGACCAAAGGACCUGCUGGCAGCUCCAGCAACUCCAUCACCUUUACCACCACUCAGGGUUCAGGUUUCCCUAAACCAGGCCUUCAGACAUGUUUUGGGGUGAGGGGGAAUGGCACCACCAAUGUUCUCCCUAAGGGCCCAGAGAGGCCGGCCCCCCAGCCCCAUCCCAAAGACCAGGACACUCUGGUGCAGAUGGCCGAACACAUUCCUGCAGGGACACGCACGCCCAUGUGUGGCCACUGCAACAUGGACAUCAGAGGCCCAUUCCUGGUGGCCAUGGGAAAGUCCUGGCACCCCGAGGAGUUUAACUGCGCCCACUGCCGGAUCUCCCUGGCAGACAUUGGCUUCGUGGAGGAGCAAGACUCGGUCUACUGUGAACACUGCUACGAGGACUUCUUUGCACCUUCCUGUAGCCGCUGCCAGAUGAAGAUCCUGGGGGAAGUGAUCAAUGCCCUGAAACAGACCUGGCACAUCCAUUGUUUCCUGUGUGCAUCGUGCCAGCAGCCCAUCAGGAACAACACCUUUCACCUGGAGGAUGGAGAGCCCUACUGUGAAAGAGACUAUUACUCCCUUUUUGGUACCGGUUGCCAUGGUUGCGAGUUCCCCAUAGAGGCAGGGGACAAGUUCUUGGAGGCUUUGGGCUUCACCUGGCAUGAUACCUGUUUUGUGUGUGUGAUCUGCUGCACCACUCUGGAAGGUCAAGCCUUCUUCUCCAAAAUGGACAAGCCUCUGUGCAGGAAACAUGCACAUAGUGUGGUGAAAAUCUGAGCAAGGACAGGAGCAGAUGGCGAGAGGAGAGCUGGAGGAAGAAGGAGCAGAUGGCGAGAGGAGAGCUGGAGGAAGCAGGAGCAGAUGGCGAGAGGAGAGCUGGAGGAAGCAGGAGCAGAUGGCGAGAGGAGAGCUGGAGGAAGAAGGAGCAGAUGGCGAGAGGAGAGCUGGAGGAAGAAGGAGCAGAUGGCAAGAGGAGAGCUGGAGGAAGAAGAAGCAGAUGGCGAGAAGAGAGCUGGAGGAAGAAGGAGCAGAUGGCGAGAGGAGAGCUGGAGGAAGCAGGCUUGGCUAGACGGGGAACUUAUGUUAUGACUGUUGAUGGUAUUUGGAUUAUCCCCUAAACACCUCAGUCAGGGAAAGUCCAGAAGAUCAGAGGGAUCUCCAUGGAUACAUCCCAAACGGUACCCUAUUCCCUAGGUAGUGCACUACUCUUGACCAGAGCAUGGUUGUAUCCAUGGAGAUCACUCUGAUCUUCUGGACUUUAUCUAACUGAAGUGUUUAGCUCUGGUGAUAAAGUGUUGUUUCCUGCUUUGUGUCAAGUAUGAUAGGGAAUAUGUAGUCAUGAUAAUCAUAUGUUGGGUGCUUAUACUCCUAUUUCUAUUGUCUAUAAAUCUAUCCAUGUAUACACCCCCCCCCCUUCUUAGGAGUAUUGUGCCAUUCUACCAUUCUUCUGUAUGCUGUAAUGAGCAAGAUGCCUCUCGUAAUGAGACUAGACUAAAACGAUACGUUUGUUUUGUUUUGAAUGGCCAGAAUCAACGAUGUGUAUAUUUUACAUGUACAUCUCAAAGAAUACAGUGUUUUGAAAAGCGGUAGAGGGGAUAUCGUUAAAGCUAAAACAAUGCUCAUGCCCAUGGUGCAUUCAACUGUUAGAAUUGGUCCCAGUUGAAAAAAUAAAUACAUGGAAUUUUCCUCCCCUCAAAAAAACAUCUGCUUUUAGAUGUGGUGGUUUGACUGUUUGAUAUCAUUUCUACCAACGUGAUAGAAUCUACAUUCAACUUAUUGUAUUACCGUUUCCAAAAGCCAAGUUGUUGUUGCUGUACAUGAAGGGAUUUGAGAAAUAAUGAUUGUAAAAGAAGUAUAUUUUUGAGGGGCUGUUUAUAGUCUGAGUUCCAGUCUGUUUCUGCUAUCAUGCCAACUCCUUGUAACUCAUUGUGAUGUCAUGUCUCCCUUGACAAUAUAAUUGGCAAGACCAAAAAAACAGGCUAGCUGUUUCAUUGCCCUCGGAAAAUGCCUACACUGAGAGGAUGAGAGAAAACUGAAGAGUGAGGGGACAAAUCAAGACAUUUUCCUUAGUCUGUUUUCCCCUGAAGUCUCUUGAAGUCUCUUGCAGUGGAGGCUGCUGGGAGGAGGAGGACGGCUCAUAAUAAUGUCUGGAACGGAGUGAAUGGAAUGGUAUCAAACACAUGGAAACCAUGGAAACCACGUGUUUGAUGUUGUUAUUACCUUUCCAGCUAUUCUGCUCCAGCCAUGACCACGAGCCCGUCCUCCCCAUUUAAGGUACCACCAACCGCCUGUGGCCUCUUGGUAUUAAUCUAACUUCACUAUCACUCCGUCUCAACAGAAUUAAUAAUUGAAUCUUGUUGUUGUUGAUAUGGAUGAACGGUACAGAGGACAAGGAGUAAACCAAGUCACAUAAACCAAGUCAUUCAAUGGUGAUAAAAAUAAAAAUAAAUGUUUAUUUAGCUCUUGAUUUAUUAUAUAUCUCCUAUUUCACAGUUUGCUAUUGUUAAAAUGUUAGUCCAAAAGGUUAAAGUAAGGUAUUGGUCCAUACUGUAAUUCUCACAUCCUGAAAUCCUGUCAUUGGUAAUGGAGUGUAACAACCCUUCUCUUUUGACCUCAGCGGUCUCAAUUAGCAUUGGAUUGAACUGUAUGGCCUGUCAUAUGGCAUAUGUCACUGUUACAUGAAUGACUUAGCACCGCACAUCUUCUAACACUGGUUCUCACAGGGUUUAACGUUCACAUUAAGUGGCCUGUGUCGUGGAUACUGGCAGACACAACCCACUGUAGGCUACUGGAGUCGGCAUGUGUUCAAAUCCAACCCGCUGCCUUUCUGCCUCGCCAUCCGUACUUCAUUUCCUGUCUGUUCUUCACUAGUCUAUCUCAAUCAAAUUAUUUAAAAAAUGAACUAAGGUAAAUAAAAACAAGGUAAAUAACAUUCUAAUUAGGUUAUUACCCUUUUUGUGAAAAUCACAUGAGGAGGAUUACUGGUCUUCUCUUUGCAAAUCCUAUUGGUUAUCUUAACAUAUCAAUUAAGAUAUUAUAUUUGAAUUAGAUUGAUGUGAAAAUAUUCCUGUAAAAGCAUAUUUAAAGGUGCAAUACGCAAUUGCUGGUUGCAAAAAUGAUAAUAGUUCACCUAAUUUCUGUUUAUGUGACAAAACAAGGUAUCAUUGUGUAGAGCAUCGUUGUACUAUCUAAACUGCUGUGAAAUAUAUUUUCCAUAACCAAAAAGAGUGUAUUUUCUGCUGUUUGAAGCUGGUGUACAGAACUGAAAGUAAAAGAAGCAAAAAACAAACCAUAAGAAUGGUAAGCAUAGAAAUAACGCACAUAGAAAACAUCUAAAGCUUCUUAGAUUUGUUUUCAAUGAGAAUGACAGAUCUAUAACUCACAUGUCUUUGUGAAUUUGGUCGGGUUGCUCCAAAAAAUGACAUAAUGCAUCUUUAAAAGCAUAGUGUAGUGGAAUCAUCUUCCUGUUCAUUGUUUUAACAAGAGUCAUGUAAUCACCACCAUGGCCCUCAAUGGGUUGUAUUUAUCAAUGGGUUGUAUUUAUGUCUUCUGAAUAAAGAGAACCACACAAUUCAAUGCAUAAUGAUGUAAUCUAAAUGAAAAAAUAAACCCCCCCUGAAAUUUGA